CAAAACUGUGGUGAAAAAUGAAUGGCCCAGCAGAUCCCUCAAGCCUACUUUUCAACUGCUCAAAUCAAUCAAACUUCUCUUUGGAAGCUUCAGAGCAAUGUGGCAAAGAGACACACCUCGAGAACAUACUUUUUGCCACUUUCUACUUCCUAGACUUCAUCUUGGCUUUUGUUGGCAACGCCCUGGCUCUUUGGCUUUUCAUCCGGGACCAGAAGUCUGGCACACCUGCCAACGUUUUCCUGAUGCAUCUUGCUGUGGCAGACCUGUCAUUUGUGCUGGUGCUUCCCACCCGCCUGGUGUACCAUUUUUCUGGUAACCAUUGGCCAUUUGGUGAGAUCCCGUGCAGACUCACUGGCUUCCUUUUUUACCUCAACAUGUAUGCCAGUAUCUACUUCCUCAUGUGCAUCAGCGUUGACCGUUUCCUAGCCAUUGUGCAUCCUGUCAAGUCCAUCAAGCUUCGCAGGUCCCUUUAUGCCCAUUUGGCAUGUGCCUUUCUAUGGGUCAUAGUUGGUGUUGCAAUGGCACCUCUGCUGCUCAGCGUGCAGACAGCAGAGAUGAACAACACAACCAUCUGCCUGCAGCUCUACAGAGAAAAGGCAUCACGUCAUGCUCUUGUGUCCUUAGCAGUUGCAUUCACCUUCCCAUUUGUUACCACAGUGACCUGCUACCUACUAAUCAUCAGGAGCCUGAAGAGUGGGAACAGAGUUGAGACACACCUGAAGGAAAAAGCUAUCAAAAUGAUCAUCAUGGUCCUAAUGAUCUUUAUGAUCUGCUUUGUACCUUAUCAUGUCAACCGCUACAUUUAUAUUCUCCAUUACAACGGGACCAAAACUUCCUGUGAAACACAGCGCAUUCUAGCACUCAGUAACCGUAUCACUUCCUGCCUCACGAGUCUGAAUGGUGCCUUUGACCCAGUCAUGUACUUUUUUGUCGCUGAGAAAUUCCGUGAUGCUUUGUGCAACCUGUUUUGUGGUAAAAAGACUGUAAUACUGCAUCAAACGUAUGAGGGUAAGACAAAUGAAAGCUCGCUAAGUGCUAAAUCUGAACUGUGACUUUUACCACUGCUUCAACAUGAGAACACUCUGUUCCACCAAAAUCAGCAGAGGGUGCAGAUAUGCAGCAUGACAGUCUACCCAAAGUGAAACUCACUCCUGAGGAGGGAAGUUCCAUCAUUUUAAUGGAACUAGAAUUAGUAAGAACCCCUCUGACAACUGAGAUCACAUGCUCCUGUCUUAGCGAAACUGCAAACACAAGUACAGUCCUACUGAUUUCCAAGAUGUGAAACUCAUGGCUGAACACUUAGGAAUAAGCAAGGGAACAAAGAGGCUGUUAAAUGGACAGCUUCUUUUUUCAAAAGGACUUAAUUCCCAAAGCAUUCAGCAAGGACUCUUCCUAUGCACAAUGCAUACAGCCUACUUUGGAAUUGUACCAGCAGUAGAGACCCAUUCCUGAAGUAGAUCUGCCUGAAGAGAGAGCGUGCUUGCACAUUUUGUUCAAGUUACAAAUUCAAAGUGUUUAUACGUCACAGACAGAAAACUGAUGCUAAGUCAUAGCAAGAAAAAAAGCAAAAUACUGCAACGCUCCCAACCAGGACUGAAAUUCAGAUAGUACUCACAAUUUUUUAACUGCUUCCCAGCAUUCAGAGUUGGAGAUGAGCUCUAAGCUUCACACUACUACUUCUAUCUACCCUCUGCCAUGGCCCCAUGGCUUCAGACAGAGGCCAGACAACAUUCACUACACCUUAUCUUUUACGUAGUUCCACGCAAAACAUCAGAUGUCUUGAUAACACUCAAACUGAAGAAUGGAAGAGGGCAGUUUAGGAACACAGCAUUCAUCUUUACUACAUACUGUGAACUUCUGUCUUAAAAAAUGGUGAAGGUGAAGAAAAGCAAAUAUAGGAAAAAACAAUAGAAUCAUUUAGGUAGGAAAAGACCUUCGAGAUCAAGUCCAACCACCAACCUGACCUACCAACUCUCAUCACAAAAGCAUGUCCCUUAGCGCCACAUCCACAUGCCUCUUAAAUACCUCCAGUGUACUGAAGUCCCACUUGCCCAAAGCAGAUCCUUACCUUUGAGAUGUUUUACAUUUAUUUAAUUUCUGCAAUCUAUCUAGCAAGACUAUUUAUUCACUGCAGAUA